AUGGAUUCCAUGUGGGACCACGAAGUUCCUACCACAACUUUUAACUACAGCUACUCCGAACCAUUCGCAGGCCGCCUGUGUGAGAACCAAGCUAACUUUGAAUUAGCGACCCUGAGCCACACAGUCUUCUACUCCUUGGUGUUCGUCCUAAGCCUUGCUGGAAACAGCCUAGUCUUGUGGGUCCUGGUGAAGUAUGAGAGCCUGGAAUCCCUCACCAAUACCUUCAUACUUAACCUCUGUCUCUCCGACCUGCUGUUCUCUUGUCUGCUACCCUUCUGGAUCGUGGUCCACUACUAUGGCUGGAUUUUUGGAGCGUUCUUCUGUAAGCUCUCUAACAUGAUUUUCCACAUCAGCCUCAACAGCAGUGUGAUUUUCCUGAUGGUGAUGACGGUCCACCGGUACCUAUCUGUGGUGCAUCCCCUGUCGAGCCUGGGCAGUAAAUCCUUUCGCAGCAGAGCCCAAAUCGUCUCGGCCAUCUGGGUGGCCAGCAUCCUGGCAUCUGUUCCCGAUACCAUUUUCCACACGGUGCUCCCCGACAUGUGGCUCCCCAUUUGGGCCUGCGAAUAUUCUGAGCUAAAGUGGUUUCUGCUGUCCGUUUAUGAGCACAACCUCAUCUUCCUUUUCUCCCUGGUGGUUAUUUUGUUCUGCUAUAUUCAGAUCCUCAGAACCCUGUUUCGGUCCCACUCCAGGAGGCGGCACCGGACGGUCCGGCUCAUCUUCACCAUCGUGGGCGUUUACUUUCUCAGCUGGGCCCCCUACAAUGUGCUCCUGUUCCUGCAGACGCUGCAGAGGCUCGGGAUCUUCCAGAGCUGUGAAGUCAUCAAGCAGAUAGAAUACUCGGUCCAAAUCUGCAAGGAGAUUGCCUUCGCCCACUGCUGCUUCAACCCCGUGCUCUACGUGUUUGUGGGGAUCAAGUUCCGCGGGCACCUGAAGGUUCUCUGCCGCCGGUUCUGGCCGUGGCAGUGGAAUCUUAGCCCUCCUCCCCGCGCCUCGGGGGUCUUCACUUACGAUGAUGCCUCCUUCUACUGAAGAGCCUCUUCCAGGGAGAAGUAUCCCCCAAGCUUCCCCUUCCCCAGAAAAGGGGAGAAGAAAACGUA